UGUGAGCGGAGGCAAAUGGCGAGACAAGAGUGGGAGGCGUGGGGGGAGCUUGGGGGGAAAGUGGUGAUGGUGACGGGGGCGUCCUCGGGGCUCGGCAGCGACUUCUGUCUCGACCUAGCCAAGGCCGGUUGCAGAAUCGUCGCCACCGCUCGCCGGGUGGACCGCCUUGUCUCCCUCUGCCACCAUAUCAAUCACCUCCCUCUAUCUUCUUCUUCUUCUUCUUCGGCGUCCGAGCUCAGAAGCCCCCGAGCUGUGGCUGUGGAGCUGGACGUGUGUGCCGAUGCUACCACCAUCGAGAAGUCCGUAUACAAGGCUUGGGACGCGUUUGGGCAUAUUGACGCGUUGGUCAACAACGCAGGAGUUAGAGGUAAUGUGAGAUCUGCAUUGGAAUUGUCUGAGGAGGAAUGGAACCAGAUUGUCAAAACAAACUUAACAGGAGCCUGGUUGGUAUCAAAAUACGUCUGCAUACGCAUGCGUGAUGCGGAGCGGGGAGGAUCAAUCAUCAAUAUAUCUUCUGUUGCUGGCCUUAACCGAGGUUAUUUGCCUGGAGCUACAGCCUAUACUUCUUCAAAGGCAGGCCUAAACGCCUUGACAAAGGUCAUGGCCGUGGAAUUGGGAGUAUACAAAAUCAGAGUGAAUUCGAUAUCACCUGGGAUUUUCAAAUCUGAGAUUACUCAGGCUCUUUUGCAAAAAGAUUGGCUGCAUAACGUGGUCGAGAAAAUUGUCCCUUUAAGAACCCAUGGCACAACAGAUCCAGCAUUAACAUCACUUGUUCGAUACUUGAUACACGACUCUUCUGAAUAUGUCUCGGGCAACAUUUUCAUUGUUGAUGCAGGUGCCACGUUACCAGGUGUCCCCAUUUUCUCUUCUCUUUGAAAUUCAUGUUAUCUAAUGACAUGCAACUUUGAAUAAAUGAGAUAAGUCAGUAUUCUAGCCAAAAUUUCUUUUGUAGAAUAUUCUAUCAAAUACUUUAGCAGCUUAUCUGCUGUAGGCUGUAGGGAAAGCAGCAGGAGAUCUGCUGUAAAAAUAACAACGGUCCAGAUUUAACUCCAGUAUCCUACGGUGCGUUUGGGUAUCGAAUAUUUCGAAUAUGAAUAAUAUUCAGAAUCUGAUCACGGAUUUCAAGGCAAUGAAAAUGUGUUUGGAUGUUGAAUAUAAUUUUAGAUUCUUUUGAAUA